UGAAAGGAGGACUGCAUAUUCACAGUAAAUGAUGGAGAGAGAAGGUUGGCAAAUGAGAGCUUUUCCACAGAUCAUUUAAAAGAUUUUGUUGAUGAAUGGAAAACUGCCUACCUCAGAAUAACUAAACUUUUGCUGGAGAAGGACAAGUAUAACAAAUUAAACAAAAAAAGAAACAGAGAGGAUAAAAAAGAUUAAUGCAUUCAGCCCGUACUGAAAAUAAAGAGCAGAAGUUAAAGUGGAACCUGCGGUAAGGCUGUAAAGAAGAGGCAGAGAAUAAAUGUCUUCUACAGGACAAAUCAGAGAGGUCAUUAGCAGCACAGAAAGCAUGACAGACAAAUAUCCUGUGUCAAACUUAACGGACAUUGACAUGGACAUGGAAUAUGAAGAAGACAAUGGAACAGACUGCAUUCUUCAGGAAUGGCAAGUUACAUACACACUCAUUCCCAUCAUCUAUUUUAUGGUCUUCUUCCUGGGACUCUCUGGGAAUGGGCUCGUUAUCUGGAUCAACCUGCAUAACAAGGAGAAGAGGAGGUCUGCAGACAACUUCAUUGUCAACCUGGCUGUAGCUGAUCUCACCUUUGUGCUGACUUUACCACUGUGGGCUGUUUACACAGGCUUAGACUACCACUGGCCCUUUGGAAGCUUCACAUGCAGAGUGAGUUCAUACAUAGUGUUUGUCAACAUGUAUGCCAGUGUUUUCUGCUUGACAGGCCUGAGUUUUGACCGCUUUCUUGCUAUUGUCUACUCUCUGAACAGUGGACGACUACGAUCUAAGGCUAGUGGCCUCCCAGGGACUAUCUUCAUUUGGGGACUAGCCAGUCUGCUGGCUCUCCCUGCUAUCAUUUUCCGCAACACCAUCUACUCUACAGAGGUCAAUGGAACAAUUCUCUGUGACAUGGAUUUCUCAUCUGUUGCAGACAACCAUAGAGUCAUUAGCUGGCGAGCUGGGCUUAGCCUAUCGUCUACCAUUUUUGGCUUCAUCAUCCCUUUUGUUGUUAUGGUAACUUGCUACUAUUCAAUAGCCCACACCAUCUCAAGACACUUCCAGGACCAGAAGCAAGAAGGUCAAAGGAAAAGAAGGCUUCUCAGCAUCAUUAUCACUCUGGUCAUGGUCUUUGGCAUCUGUUGGCUUCCAUAUCAUCUCAGCAAAACCAUUAACAUACUACUGGAUCUAGAAGUAAUCACAGUCUCCUGUGAAACUGAAAAUUUCCUAUUUAAAAUCCAUCACUAUGUUACUAGCAUAGCCUAUAUUAACAGCUGUCUGAAUCCUUUCUUGUAUGCCUUUUUUGACCCACGAUUCAGAGCUGAAUGCUUAUUACUUCUUACAUGUGGAGACUUGCAGAGUCUGCAAGAUAAAUUUGCAAACUUAUCUUCUAGCCAUAGCCUCAAUGGGAAGUGUGAGCAGCAAACCUUGCCAUCUAGACUGUAAAUACUGGGAAAACAUUUUAUGGCAUGAAUUGUAGUGCCCAAAGUAUGUAUCUUUUUUCCAUUUGUUACUUCUUACUUGCUUGCUGGCUAUUGUUCUUCUGUUUCUUUCAAUGACAGCCGCAAUGCAUUGCACAGUGUAAGUAAAAACUCAAGUCUGCUUGUCAAAAACAAUUAUUAUACACCUGUGGAGCACAACUAGACCCUUUACAUUUCUGUACUCCUUUUUUAAGACAGACAUUUGUUUACCCUGAAAUGGCAAGGCAAAACUCCAGAGUAAAGACUAGAUACUACUGGGACAGUCACAAACCUUGCUACUUGGCAUAUGUUAAAUUUGUCAUCCAGGUUUGCAAAAAGUCUUUACUUAACAUCAAAAAGUCUUUCUUAACAUUACUGACACUCAUAUAUUAAUUAGUAUUUAACUUACGGAACUGUUUUGUUAGUAUCCGUUGAAGGCAUUUUGUUUCUUUUGGCAGUGUUACAAGAAAUUCAUAACCUCGUCAGACUGA